CCGUCCUCUCAGGUAAACAGAAGUUUGCUCCGCGGUGACAUUAAACACUUCAAACCGGUGAAAUCUAUCUAACGGUGGAUGUGUGCGGAGCGGGGAUGUGUCCCGGUGCUGUGUCGGUGCUGAGGGCUGAUGUAGGUCAGAUGAAGCAGAUCAAACCGUUAAACUUUGAACUCUUUUCAUGUUCACAUCACACAAAGUUCCUGCUGUGUUAGCGGUUAGCUUCAGUUAGCAUCGCUCCGUUAGCCUGCCGGGGAUUAAAACCCGGGCUAAACUUUUAGUUCGGUUUAGUGUCAGCUCCGUGGGGACCGGGACUAACGUUACCAGGUGUAACGGUACCGGGUACCCGUUGUCCACCGUUAUUUAAAGUAUGUGUGUUCAUGCGGAACUCAGUUAGUACCAGUUAGCUUUGUGCCGUUAGCCGGCUGCUACUCGUGGAAGCUAACCGAACUGUAACCGGAGCUAACUAGCGCUCAGUGACCGGAGCUAACGGGGGCAACGUGACCGGAGCUAACGGGAGCUCUCUGCCCUGAGCUGGACCGACUUCACCGCUGCUGGUUUUAUUCGGUGUUACCGGGUUUCCUCAGGCUGAGUGUUCAACAGGUCACUGAACCAAACUCCAUUGUGGUGGAGCAUAGCUCUCUGACAUCAUCAUGCUGUUUACAUGACGACCAAACUACAGCCCGUGGUGGACCCCUCUGGGACCGUUAUUGUCCUCUGAUUGGUCGCCUGUCACCUGCCCAUCAGCAUGCAGCUGACCUAUCAGCAGCUGCCGGCUCAGCUGAGGCGGAGCUCCAGGCUCAAGAAGCUGACGGCCGCUAUACUCGUCGCCUAUGCCGUCAAGAAGUUGUCACCGUACGUCUGGAGGAGGAUACAGGGGAGUGCAGCAGGUAAACAGCUGGGUGGAGCUAACCUACCUGAGGGCGUGGUCAGCAGCUCCUCCUCCAGCUCCGUGGACAAAAAGAAGAAAGACAACAGGUCUCCAUCAGUGAACAGGGACUUUCUCCUCAGGCUGUCUCGUCUGCUGAAGCUGUUGUUUCCACGGUUACUGUGUCCAGAGAUCGGCCUCCUUGCCCUGCACUCACUAACCCUGAUGACCAGGACCUUCCUGUCCAUCUAUGUGGCUUCUCUGGACGGUAUGAUAGUGAGGUGUAUAGUCCAGAAGGAUCCUCAGGCCUUCAUCCUGCAGCUCCUGAAGUGGCUCCUCGUCGCCGUUCCUGCGACCUUCAUCAACAGCGCCAUCAGAUUCCUUGAAGGUCAGCUGAGCCUCAGCUUCAGGAGCCGAUUGGUCGACCACGCCUAUCAGCUGUACUUCACCAACCAGACUUAUUACCGUGUCAGUAACAUGGACGGCCGUCUGUCCAACCCUGAUCAGUCUCUCACGGAGGACAUUGUGAUGUUUUCAGCCUCCAUCGCUCACCUCUACUCCAACCUGACCAAACCCAUCCUGGACGUGGUGGUCACCUGCUACACCCUGCUGCGCACUGCCCAGUCCAAAGGAGCAAACACCACGUGGCCCUCAGUCAUCGCCGGCCUGGUGGUGGCGUUCACUGCCAAAGUCCUGCGCUCCUGCUCGCCUCGCUUCGGGAAGCUGGUGGCCGAGGAGGCGAAGAGGAAGGGAGACCUGAGAUACAUGCACUCCCGCAUCAUUACCAACUCCGAGGAGAUCGCCUUUUAUGGGGGACACAAGGUGGAGAUGGCCCAGCUGCAGAGGAGCUACAGGUCCCUGUCCUCUCAGAUCCAUCAGAUUCUGCUGAAGCGUCUCUGGUACGUCAUGCUGGAACAGUUCCUCAUGAAGUACGUAUGGAGCGCAUCCGGUCUAGUGAUGGUGGCUGUGCCCAUCAUCACCGCCACAGGAUAUUCCAAAUAUGACUCCGAGGAGGUGAAGCAGGCAGCCCUGGUGAUGAAGGAGGAGGAUCUGGUCAGUGAGAGGACUCAGGCCUUCACCACCGCCAGAAGCCUCCUGAACGCUGCUGCCGAUGCUGUGGAGAGGAUCAUGAGCUCAUACAAGGAGGUGACGGAGCUGGCAGGCUACACCUCUCGGGUCUCUGAGAUGUUGGACGUGUUUGAAGAUGUGAAUCAGGGAAUAUACCGGCGCUCUGCAGACAGAGAGGAGGUGUCAGGACGAGGAGCAGCAGGAGCAGGAGGAGCAGCAGGAGCUGUGGUCCAGCAUGGUCAGAGAGUGUGUGGUCCUCUGGAGAUCAGAGGUCGGGUGAUCAGUGUGGAGAAGGGGAUUCGCUGUGAGAACCUGCCAAUCAUCACACCAACCGGAGAUGUGGUGGUUUCCAGCCUCAACAUCCAGGUGGACGAGAAGAUGAACGUGUUGAUCACAGGUCCAAACGGCUGUGGGAAGAGUUCUCUGUUCAGGAUCCUCAGUGGACUGUGGCCUGUUUAUGAAGGAGUGCUGUACCGUCCAGACCCACAGCACAUGUUCUACAUCCCUCAGAGGCCCUACAUGUCAGAGGGGACCCUCAGAGACCAGGUGAUCUAUCCGGACUCGGUGGAGGAGAUGGUUCAGAGAGGAGUCACAGACUCAGAUCUGGAGCAGAUCCUUAAGACCGUCCACCUGCUGUACAUCCUGGACAGAGAGGGAGGCUGGGAGUCGGUCAGUGACUGGAAGGAUGUCCUGUCUGGAGGAGAGAAGCAGAGGAUGGGGAUGGCUCGCAUGUUCUACCACCGCCCUCGGUACGCUCUGUUGGACGAGUGUACGAGCGCCGUCAGCAUCGACGUGGAGGGAAACAUCUUCCAGGCUGCAAAGGAUGCUGGGAUAGCUCUGCUGUCCAUCACACACAGACCCUCCCUGUGGAAGUACCACUCUCACCUGCUGCAGUUCGAUGGAGAAGGAGGCUGGAGGUUUGAACCUCUGGAUGCAUCCACCCGUCUGUCUCUGCAGGUCUGUCUCUCUCCACCCGUCUGUCUCUCUCCAUCUGUCCAGCUGCAGGUUGUCGGUUCCCUUCCUGCCCAGAAGCAAGGCAGCAGCUGCAGGUUGGCGGUUCCCUUCCUGCCCAGGAGCCAGGCAGCAGCUGCAGGUUGGCGGUUCCCUUCCUGCCCAGGAGCCAGGCAGCAGCUGCAGGUUGUCGGUUCCCUUCCUGCCCAGAAGCAAGGCAGCAGCUGCAGGUUGGCGGUUCCCUUCCUGCCCAGGAGCCAGGCAGCAGCUGCAGGUUGGCGGUUCUCUUCCUGCCCAGGAGCCAGGCAGCAGCUGCAGGUUGUCGGUUCCCUUCCUGCCCAGAAGCAAGGCAGCAGCUGCAGGUUGGCGGUUCCCUUCCUGCCCAGGAGCCAGGCAGCAGCUGCAGGUUGGCGGUUCCCUUCCUGCCCAGGAGCCAGGCAGCAGCUGCAGGUUGUCGGUUCCCUUCCUGCCCAGAAGCAAGGCAGCAGCUGCAGGUUGGCGGUUCCCUUCCUGCCCAGGAGCCAGGCAGCAGCUGCAGGUUGGCGGUUCUCUUCCUGCCCAGGAGCCAGGCAGCAGCUGCAGGUUGUCGGUUCCCUUCCUGCCCAGAAGCAAGGCAGCAGCUGCAGGUUGGCGGUUCCCUUCCUGCCCAGGAGCCAGGCGGCAGCUGCAGGUUGUCGGUUCUCUUCCCUGCCCAGGAGCCAGGCAGCAGCUCCGCCGCUGUGGAGUGUCAGAAAAGCUCCCGGCGCCGCGCGGAGCGGGGCGGGGCGGGGCGGGGCGGGGUCUCUGUCGGACCUGUUGUGCGGCUCUCGGUGCGGAUCGUUUGUGUCUCCUCUGGACUCUGUGCAGGUUUUCUGGAAGUGGCACCGGGCCGGUCGGACCCCGGCGGACCACAGACCUGCCCGCCGAGCUCAGAAUAAACGUCCAGAAAUCCACUUUGAAAUCAGAGACAAAAGAAUAAGCGUCUUAAGUUUCCUUCAGUGUCGCAGUCGUGACGGUCGUCUGUGCGUCGAUGAGUUCACUGCAGCUGCUCACAUCAUUCAGAUCACUGUGAAAAUGAAACGUCCUCCUGAUGAAGAACGUUCCUCCUCUUCCUCCUCAGAGACGCAGCACGUUGCCUCAACAGCUGUUGCUCAGAUCACACGUCGCCUGUCUCCAGAAACCUCAGGACUGAGUGACAUUUAUCAGACUAACAGAGACAGAGACAGAGACAAAGACAGAGACAGGGAGGGACAGUGUUGUGUAGAGACAGAGACUGUGGUGUCCCUCAGACGAAGCCGUAAACCCUCCCUGUGA